CAUAAUAAAAAAAAAAAAAAGCAAAAACGUUGUCUAACAUGGCUCUCCUUGUGUGUCGUUAAGAGUGCGGUUAUUAAUCGUCAUAUUUUCAUGUAUUUUUUCGUCUUUUUUUUGUAAAAUAAUAAUCAAGUUUUAUAUUAAACAAAUAAAUUUAUAUUGUUUUGUUAAUUGCAUGUCUUUCUAUAUAAAUCAUCAAACAAUAAAUAGUGUAUUUGUGUAUAUGUGUAUUUGUGAAUGUGCCGUGUAUACCGCGAGGCAAAACAACCUUAAAUUUAACAAAAAAAAAAACUAAAUUAUAUAUAUCUACAUAAAAAAAUAAAAACACAGUCAUAAUGUCGGCUGAAACAUUUACUGAUCAAGAACUUCGUACAAAAUUGGCUUCAUUUGGACAUCCAAUUGUACCAGUUACUCCAACAACCAGAAAAAUUUUGAUUAAAAAACUCAACAACUUGAUGGCAUCAAAAGGUGGUAGUGGCGGUUCACGGCAUUCACUCGCUGCCCGAUACAGCAGUGAUGAAACUGAUGAUGAUACAUCAUCAACAACAAAUCGUAAGAAAAAAUUAGCAGCUGUUAAUCGUCGUCAAACAAUGGCAAAUCCAAUGCCACCACCAGCUGCAGCACCACCACCACCACCGGCAUCAUCAACAACAACAACAUCAUCAACAAUAAUAAAUACAGCAACAGGUGGUCAAAAAAGUCCAACAAAACGUCGUACAGCAUCAAGAAAUUCUGAAUCAAAAGAAAUACAAUCUGAAUUUGAUGAUGAUGUAUCAACGAAUUCAACAUCACGUGGAUCAUCAAGAAAAGAAAAAUUACAUUCAAAAACAUCAAGUAAAAAUAAUAAAGAUGAUGGUUUAGAAACAGGCUCAGAUUCUGAUUUACCUGAUGAUGAUUAUACCAAGCCUUAUUCACCAAUUAAAUAUAAAAAUAAUACUGAAUCAUCAUCAUCAACUAAAAUAACAACAACAACAACAUCAACAUCAACAAAUAAUUUUGAUUUACGUAAAGAUAUACUUAAAUUAAAUGAUAAUGAUUCAUCAAGUAAAUCAACAUAUGAAUCAAAAAGAAAGCUUAUGAAUAAUACAAAAGAUGAUAAAUAUAUAUCACCACCAUUUAAACCAGAUAUAUCACCAAUUCCAAUGAUUAAAGAUGAUAAAACUUAUAAACGUGAUGAUUUAAAAGUUAAUGAUUUACUUGCUAAUUAUGAAAGUCCAUAUUUAUCAGAUUUUACAAGACGACUAAGUUCACAAACAGCUGGUGCAACACUUCCAUCACGUACAUCAGUUAAAACUACUUCUUUGCGUCAUUCACUUCGUCCUGAGGCUAAAGAUUUAGAUACAAAUGGACAUUACUCAAAUUAUCGUUCAACCUUUAAUACUUCAACUUCAAGAUAUGCUGCACCAACAAAUGACAGACCAAGAGACAUUGUCACAAGAGCAUUUAAAACACCAGUCAACACAGCCAAAGAUGAUACACGUAAUAAUAAUCAAAAUAUGAUAUCAAUGGUAUUGGUCAUUGUGUUGGCACUUUUUUUUGGAGUUAUUGCUGUUGUUUAUCUGGGUCUUGGUGGUAAAACUGAAACUUUUCCAUCGUUACCAGCUGAAACUGGUGUACCACUUUGUUCUCAAUCUGAUCAUGACAAACCUGGUGUGAAUUGUUUACUCAAAGAAAAUGUUGCAACUGUAAUGCAAUUAUUAAAAAAAAUUCGGCCAAUAUUAGUUAGAAAAUCAAUAUCAUCUGCUUGUGAUGAUAAAGAUGAACGACCUUACAUAACUGAUUCAGAAGUUAUCAGCAUGUUGAAAAGUAACAAAGUGAAACCAUUUGAAAUAACUAGUGAUCUUCACAAUGCCCAAUUGUUAAUAUUUGAAAAUCCAAAAUGGGGAAUAUCUCUGAUUGAAAUUGAUGAUAAAGCUGAUGUCUCAUCUCAAGUUCUCGAUUCAAUGGAAAAAGUAUUUCAAGCACGUUUAGAAGGAAAAGUUGGAAUGAUCAUGACAAAUGUUGAUUUACCAAUAAAUUGUUUAAUAAAACGUAAAGUAUUUACUGUUUUAUCAACAAUCAUCAUAAUUGCAAUUGGUCUUGCAGCAGCAUUUGGUAUUCAUAAAUUAACUCUGUGGUAUAUUAAAUAUAAAAAAUCAACUGAAAAUGAAAUAUACCAAUUGGUAAGUGAAAUAAUAAGUAUGGUUGAAUUACAUUAUCAAAAUUCAGCAACAACAAGUCCUGGUGGAAGUCAAGAAAGUUAUGUUGCCAUAAAUCAUGUACGUGAUAAUUUAAUACCACCAAAAGAUCGUAAAAAAAUGUCAAGUAUAUGGGAAAAAGCAUUGAAAUUUAUUGAUGAAAAUGAAUCAAGAAUACGUCGUGAAGUACAACAAGUAUCUGGUGAAGAAUUUUAUGUAUGGCGUUGGUUACCAAAUUUAAAUACAUCAAAUACAUCAUUAAAUGCUGCUGGUGGUAAUAAUAAUACUAAAAAAACAAAAGUAUGGCAAGGACAAGCAUUUGAAACAAUGGAAGGUUCAGUUAAUAGUUUAGCUGUAUCACCAACACCAUGUUUAAAAAUGCGUCAUAUGUUUGAUCCAGAUGUUGAAAUUGAAGAUGAUUGGGAGGUUAAAAUACAAGAUGCUGUUUUAGAAAAAUGUGGUGAUAAUGUUAAAGUUUUACAUAUUAGAGUUGAUCGUGGUAGUCGUGAAGGUUGUGUUUAUGUUAAAUGUAUGACACAUGAAGAUGCUGGUAAAGCUUAUCGUGCACUUCAUGGUUGUUGGUUUGAUGGUAAACUUGUUACUGUUAAAUAUUUACGUUUAGAACGUUAUCAUGAAAGAUAUCCUGAUGCAAUACGUUGCUCACAACCACUUAAACCAAGCAACAAUUUAAGAUCAUCAUUGCAAUCACAUCAAUGGCAAAAUUCACUUGAAGCUAUUUAAUUUUUCUUUAUUUUUUUUUUCGUCUUUUUAUUAAUUAUUUAAAUUAAGAUGCUGCUGCUUCUUUUUUUCUUUUUUUUUCUUCAUUACAAUUAACAUCA